AAAUGAUUAAGUUGACACAGGAACACAUAGAGGCCCUAUUGGACAAAUUCGGUGGAGAGCAUAAUCCACCGUCAAUAUACCUGGAGAUGAAGAAACAAAGGCACAGAAAGUUUUAAUAAUCAUGUGGCCAAGAUCAUAGAGUGUGAAUGGUGUAGCCAGUAUUUGAAACAAGAUAUCUUGAAUUCAGAGCCUGUGCUUUCAACAUGAUGGCAUUCUUACAAUGGCCUAUGAAGAAUACACCAGCAAGCUAGAUGCCCUCCAACAAAGAGAACAGCAGUUAUUGGAAUCCCUCGGGAAUGGAACUGAUUUUUCUGUUUCUAGCUCUGCAUCAAUGGACACCGUUACAUCUUCUUCCUCUUCUAGCCUUUCAGUGCUACCUUCAUCUCUUUCAGUUUUUCAAAAUCCUACAGAUGUAUCACGGAGCAACCCCAAGUCACCACAAAAACCUAUUGUUAGAGUCUUCCUGCCCAACAAACAGAGGACAGUGGUACCUGCAAGGUGUGGAGUUACAGUCCGAGACAGUCUAAAGAAAGCAUUGAUGAUGAGAGGUCUUAUCCCAGAGUGCUGUGCUGUUUACAGAAUUCAGGAUGGAGAGAAGAAACCAAUUGGCUGGGACACUGAUAUUUCUUGGCUUACCGGAGAGGAAUUGCAUGUAGAAGUGUUGGAGAAUGUUCCACUUACAACACACAAUUUUGUACGGAAAACUUUUUUCACCUUAGCAUUUUGUGACUUUUGUCGAAAGCUGCUGUUCCAGGGUUUCCGCUGUCAAACAUGUGGUUAUAAAUUUCACCAGCGCUGUAGUACAGAGGUUCCUCUGAUGUGUGUUAAUUAUGACCAGCUUGAUUUGCUGUUUGUCUCCAAGUUCUUUGAACAUCACCCAAUACCACAGGAGGAGGCUUCCUUAGCAGAGACCACCCUUACAUCUGGAUCAUCCCCUUCUGCACCCCCCUCAGAAUCCAUUGGGCCCCCAAUUCUCACCAGCCCAUCUCCUUCAAAAUCCAUUCCAAUUCCACAGCCUUUCCGACCAGCAGAUGAAGAUCAUCGAAAUCAAUUUGGGCAGCGAGACCGGUCUUCAUCUGCUCCAAAUGUGCAUAUAAAUACGAUAGAACCUGUUAAUAUUGAUGAAAAAUUCCCAGAAGUGGAAUUACAGGAUCAAAGGGAUUUGAUUAGAGACCAAGGGUUUCGUAGUGAUGGAGGAUCAACCACAGGUUUGUCUGCCACGCCACCUGCCUCUUUACCUGGCUCACUCACUAAUGUGAAAGCCUUACAGAAAUCUCCAGGACCUCAGCGAGAAAGGAAGUCAUCUUCAUCGUCAGAAGACAGAAAUCGAAUGAAAACACUUGGUAGACGGGAUUCAAGUGAUGAUUGGGAGAUUCCUGAUGGGCAGAUUACAGUGGGACAAAGAAUUGGAUCUGGGUCCUUUGGAACAGUCUACAAGGGAAAGUGGCAUGGUGAUGUGGCAGUGAAAAUGUUGAAUGUGACAGCACCCACACCUCAACAGUUACAGGCCUUCAAAAAUGAAGUAGGAGUACUCAGGAAAACACGACAUGUGAAUAUCCUACUCUUCAUGGGCUAUUCUACGAAGCCACAGUUAGCUAUUGUUACCCAGUGGUGUGAGGGCUCCAGCUUAUACCACCAUCUCCACAUCAUCGAGACCAAAUUUGAGAUGAUCAAACUUAUAGAUAUUGCACGGCAGACUGCGCAGGGCAUGGAUUACUUACACGCCAAGUCAAUCAUCCACAGAGACCUCAAGAGUAAUAAUAUAUUUCUUCAUGAAGAUCUCACAGUAAAAAUAGGUGAUUUUGGUCUAGCCACAGUGAAAUCUCGAUGGAGUGGGUCCCAUCAAUUUGAACAGUUGUCUGGAUCCAUUUUGUGGAUGGCACCAGAAGUAAUCAGAAUGCAAGAUAAAAACCCAUACAGCUUUCAAUCCGAUGUAUAUGCAUUUGGGAUUGUUCUAUAUGAACUGAUGACUGGGCAGUUACCUUAUUCAAACAUCAACAACAGGGACCAGAUAAUUUUUAUGGUGGGACGAGGAUACCUAUCUCCAGAUCUCAGCAAGGUACGGAGUAACUGUCCAAAAGCCAUGAAGCGAUUAAUGGCAGAGUGCCUCAAGAAGAAAAGAGAGGAAAGACCACUCUUUCCCCAAAUUCUCGCCUCUAUUGAGCUGCUGGCCCGCUCAUUGCCAAAAAUUCACCGCAGUGCAUCAGAACCCUCCUUGAAUCGGGCUGGUUUCCAAACAGAGGAUUUUAGUCUCUAUGCUUGUGCUUCUCCAAAAACACCCAUCCAGGCAGGGGGAUAUGCAGUGCUGGGGAUUGAAUCCUGGGCCUCACACUUCAAAGGCUCUUUUUUAGGAAUGGAAUUCUUCCAGUACUCGCCCAGUCUACCUGCCUCACUUGAGAAUUUGCAGCCUUCAAGUAGCCACACCGUCAUGGCAGCAUCUACUCUUUAUUUCUUAAGUCUUGUGUUCGUACAGUUCGUUAACAUCAAAACACAAUUCUGUUCCUCCAAUCUUUUUUUAAAGAUACAAAAUUUUCAAUGCAUAAGCUGGUAUGGAACAGAAUGGAAUUUCCUAUCCAUCAAAAGAGGAAAGGAUGUUUUAGGAACCAGAAUUCUCUGCUGCCAGUUUCUUCUUCAACACAAAUACCACGUGCACACAAGUCUGCCCACUCCUGGGAAGAAAGAGGAGAGACCCUGAAUUCUGACUUUUUGAUGGUCAGGCAUGAUGGAAAGAAACUGCUGCUACAGCUUGGGAGAUUUGCUAUGGAAAGUCUGCCAGUCAACUUUGUCCUUCUAACUGCAGAUCAAUUUGUGGCUGAUCAUCUGAUGGGGCAGUUUCAAUCACCAAUCACCGUUCUCUUUGCUGUUCUGGGAUGUUGUGGAGCUCUUUCCCCUAGCCACCACUGGUUAAUUAAUUUCUGAGGGAUGGAACCAAAAUGCAGCAUACCCUUUCUGCAUGUUACAUGGUUAUUCCUUGACAGAUUUUCUCACAGUGAAGUUCUCGUAUUUAAAAGGAGGGUGAGGGGCAAGGACCACAUGGGGCAGAAGGCAAGGGAAUGCUGCAUCUUCUUCCUGACCUCCCUGGUCUCUGGCCUCUGGUUACCUUGUUCCCUGGGCUCUGCCUAACCACACAGGCUGGACAGUGCUGGCACACAUCGCCUUCUUUUCUCACUGGGUCCAGCAAUGAAGAUGAGGGUUAAGGACUCGUUUCCUCCACUAUGUAGCAAAUUCUCAGGAAAAUACAGUAUAAAUCUUCCUCUGAGCUCUUCCAGUCACCAAGUACUUACAUGGCUCAUUUGUCCAGGGCACCAAAUGCCAUGGAUAGUAUUUAAUUAAAAGCCUACAAAACUGCUUAAUAAUAGUUCUGAAUGUGAGAAAAUUAUGUAAUUUAAAUGUAAGGUACAGGUUUUCAUUUCUGAGUUUCUUCUAUUAUAUUUUUAUUAAGAGGAAAAUAAUUUUCAGAUUUAAUUGAAUUGGAAUACAAUAUUUCCCACCAGAAUUAUAUAUCCGUAAAAUUAUAUUUUUGUUAUAUAAUCAACUUUUAAACAAAAUCAUUACCCUUUUCUCUACAUAAAUAUGGGAAGUUUAGCAUAAUGACAAAUAUUUAUAAUUUUUUAAUUAAUGGUACUUGCUGGAUCCACACUAACAUCUUUGCUAAUAAUCUCAUUGUUUCCUCCAACAUUCCUACACUGCAGCCUACAUCCUCUUUCUAGUCUUUUAUCUAGAAUAUGAAACCUAAAAUAAAAAUGGUGGUGUCUCCAUUCAUUCUCUUCCUUUUUUCCCAAGCCUGGUCCUCAAAAGGUUGGGCAAUGUGGCAGUUGAGUUCCCCAGGCAGAGAACAGAAAUGUUAGGGAUAUUGGGGCUGUGGGAGGUGUGAGAAAGCCUGUCAUCAGUUGUUUGUGCAGAAAGCUCUGUGGUAUUGAAAAGCCAAAUCCAUCCCAUCUUUGUACAGAUAGAAAAUAGAACCUAGUCAUAGCUUCCCUUGGCCUUAAUUAAAGGAUAUCAUAAAUCACAGUAGUAGCAAAGAAAGUGACUAGAUGUACUAAUGGCAAAUAUCUCCCUUAUUGGGAGUCUAGAAUCUCAUUUGUUGGAAUUUAGGAAUGCAAAUCAAAUGAGAUGACCUUAAGCCAACUAAGCUACAGCCAGGAACCUGAAAGAAAUUCAGCAGGACCCAAAAUUAAUCAGAGAAUAAGGAAUUGUUAUUUAAAUGUCUCAAAUUCUAACCCUGGCCCCAGUAUCUAUCCUGGCCUACUUGCUACCUACUCACUACCCUUAGAUGAUUUUUUUCAAAAAUACCUGUCAUCAGAGGAUAGCUUAGUGAUAAUUAUGUUUUUAACUCUUACGUGAACAUAGCCAUGUCUUACAAAAUUUAGAAACAGCAAAGAUGGGAAUGAUUCUUACUGAUACAAAAAGUAUUUCCUGUGUAUAACAUGCUGCCUCUUUUUGAAACGCAUUGAUCAUUUGUUCUUUUUAAAUGUGGCUCUGUAAAUGCUGUUAAACAUGGCUGGGUUCCCUUUACCAAGACUGACUUAGAUCUCAGAUCCAGCUGGAGAGACCUGAGCUUGAACCCCAGGCACAGGUUGAGGUCCUUCUGAGGAAGGGUUACCACUUCAAGUUUUCUAAACAAAUAUAGAUGAUACACUUUUUUUCUUGCUUUCAUUUUAGAAUAGGUUGCUACUUCAUUUGAAAAGAGGGAGCAGACUUGAUAGAUGAAACUGUUCAGAAACUAGGCUCAGGGUAUUGAGAGAUUUAUAUAGAAAACUUUAAAAAUAGAAAUUAAUAAAAUGUUUGAACUUUAUUUCC